AGGUGGGGGGGCUUAAUUGAUUGCGCCUUUUCUCUCUCUUAUAUAUUAAUUCGACGCCCUUUUCUAAGCAACAUCUUCAUUUUUCUUGCUUCUCCUUAACCAAAAUCCACAAUCUUUCAUUCUAAUAUGCAAAAAAGAAAACAUGGUUGUUUGAUAUCUGACAAAUUUUCCACCUAGGAAUCAGUGAAGUGUGUGUUCUGUUCUGUUCUGUUCUGUCUGUAUCUUUUUCUUAUACUCAUUGUAACUUUGGUCUGGUCUCAAAAAUGGGAAGGCAAUCUUGUUGUUACAAGCAAAAGCUUAGGAAAGGUCUUUGGUCCCCUGAAGAAGAUGAAAAGCUUUUAAGGCAUAUUACAAAGUAUGGCCAUGGUUGCUGGAGCUCCAUCCCUAAACAAGCUGGGUUACAGAGGUGUGGGAAGAGUUGCAGGUUGAGGUGGAUUAAUUAUUUAAGGCCUGAUUUAAAGAGAGGCACAUUUUCACAAGAAGAAGAAAAUCUCAUAAUUGAACUUCAUGCAGUUUUGGGGAAUCGGUGGUCUCAAAUUGCUGCACGAUUACCAGGAAGAACCGACAAUGAAAUCAAGAACCUAUGGAACUCCUGUUUGAAAAAGAAGCUUAAACAGAAAGGCAUCGACCCUGUCACUCACAAGCCACUCUCCGAGGUCGAAAAUGGCGAAGGAAGUGGAAGCAACAAGCCAUCUUUGGUGGGUCAUCAUCCAAUUCAUCAAUAUACAUCGCCGCCCCCACCACCACCACAGCUCUCCUCUAACUGGUUCAACCCUGAAUUUCCACCGCCCAUGACCGCCUCUUAUGGACCCUUAUACUAUGGAACCACCACCGGUGGCUCAGCCAAUAACUCCACUUGGGGAUUGGUUCAAACACAAACUGAAGAAGAAGAAGAAGAAGAAGAAGAAGAAGAAGAAGAAGAAGAAACCAAAUGGACUGAGUUUCUUAAUAACCCUUUAUUAAUGGCGGCUGCUUUACAAAAUCAAACCCCACAAUCUUAUUACAAUAUCGAGAUCAAAUCAGAGCCUUGUUACUUAACGAAUAGUUCAUCAUCAUCAUCAAACGAUAUGUGGUGGCCUCAGACCCAACAACAGCAGCUACCACUACAACAUGAACCUUUACAAAAUCCAGACAUAUGUGGUAAGGAUAUGCAGAGACUCACAGCAGCAGCUUUUGGACAUAUUUAGGGGUGUGUAUGUACCCCAAAUUUUAUUUUUUUAAAAAUUUUUGCCUUCGUUUUCAUGUACAUUGGUCUGAUACAAAAAAAAAAAAAAAUUAUCAAUGUCUGUUCUUUUUGUACUAUUUGUGAGCAAAACAAACUUUGUAGUUUGUUAUUAGCCCUUUUGUUUCAAUUUUCAAUUUUCAAAUUUGUUGUUGUUUUAUUAUUUUCUACUCUUGUUUGCCAUUGUUGCCGAUGAUCAUGUUUGUGCAUUGAAA